AUUUGAGACUUGAAUACUUCGAUUAAGGAAUUAUCUCAAACAAGAAAUAGAGCCAUAAACCCUAAAUCCUUGUAAUGAGACUGAAUCGGGCGAAAAAGCAGCACAUAUUUCAUCAAAAUGGCACCUUUCACUUCAUAUCCAAUAAUCAGGUUUUCACUGUUCAUUUCUCAUACCAGCGGCAGACGUGGUUUCUAUAAAUGGGACAUUUUUUUCAAAAAAAGUCAUAAGGGGAUUCAUACUUCUCAACAUAAGGUGCACAAUAACAAUGAACCUCCUUUUUCUGGUGGUGGUACCUAUUCUUUUCUUGAUGCAAGUUGCUUUCAGCAUAAUUUUAAGAAUUGGCAGAAUCAAAGAAAGAAUAAACUCACUUCAAGCACUUUUAGCUACGCAAUUGGGUUUUGGCCUCGUAGGAGAGUUCAAUUAUGGUUAGAGAAGAUUGGGGCUAUUGAACCCUUUUCUGGUAACUGUGCAACUUGCUGGAACAAUAUUAACGAGGAAGUAGCAUUGGAAAGGUAUAAACUAAUUACUGGAAAGUCUGUAUUUCUUCCUAAAUCUCCAAUAAAUAAGCAUAACUUUGAAGAUGAUUGGCUUGGUGCCUCUCCUGAUGGAGUUGUUGAAGAAACGAUUUAUGGCUUGCGGUCAGGAGGUGUGUUGGAAAUAAAAUGCCCCUUUUUUGACGGUAAUAAAAGUCGAGCAUUCCCUUGGAAGCGUAUUCCGGUUCAUUACAUGCCACAAGCACAAGGUUUAAUGGAGAUAUUGGAUAAGGAUUGGAUGGAUUUUUAUGUUUGGACUCUGAAUGGAAGUAGUUUGUUUAGGUUGUACAGAGAUGCAGAAUACUGGGAUACUAUAAAGAUAGCUUUAGAUGAUUUCUGGUGGAAUCAUGUACAACCAGCAAAGGAGCUGUACAAUAAGUUCUACAUCACAAAACCUUUAACCCAAUUAAGAUCUCUAAAGCCAGAACCACGACAUGAACUUUGUAGCUAUAUUGUUUGUGAAAGUAAGCGCCUUGUGAAUAAUUCUAAAUUGCUGGUGUUCGAAAUUAAUGGCGAACUACAAGAUUAUUGAACUCCUUUACAUUGUGCCACUUCUUUUGUAAUUCCCAUUGCUUGAUGCCCAUUACAAGUUGACGAGAAGGAAGGCUAGUGAGCUUUUGAUAUGGUCUCAUGGGAAGUUACUGUUAUGUUUCUUUUCGCUUUAUCUAUACCUUUCUAAUCUGUCUAUGAUGGUCUUCAUUCUUUAUUCCAAGUAAUGGAAGAAAGCUAGGUGGAGCCUACUUAAAAAAUUUAAACCUGAUCAUCAUUUCAUUUAUGCAGGUUCUAUAUUGAGUCAUUGGAAGUCUUAAUAUAUUUAGCAUUUCAGCGAUGUUGAGCAAGCUUUUGUUCAUCAGCUUGGGAAAUAACUUCUCAAAUGCUUGAUUCCCUCGGUCAAUUUCUGUAUGAUGGAUAUUGAAUGAUCUAAAUACUAAACUGUGACAAAUUAGGCAGGGCGCUUUCUCUGGUUUGACUUCGAGUUUAUGACCCUUGGUAGGAUGACUUGAUGGGAUGCAAUUCUUGACGAGAUAAGUUGCAUAUGUCUUGACUAAGAGAGCUCAUUUUAUGUAAGCUUAGCUUCUUCUCCAUGGUUAACGACAAGAGAAGCCUGAAGGAAGAGAUUAGAAACAAACUAGAUUUUGUGCAAUGAGUUGAUUGAUAUUGGUUGCUACACAAUGGCGUCUAUUCUUUUUCCCUACUGUUUUUUGUAACCACAUUUUAGUUGGACGAGCUAUUUGCCAAACAGACGUAUACUCUAGUUUUACAAAGAUGUAAAAAGAUAAACAAAACAUAUGCAAAUGAAAGAUAGAAAAAGGAAAGGACAAACAACAAUGUAAAAGCCUUAAUCUCAAAAGAUUAAAAUUAAUUACAUAUAUUCAAAAGAAAAGAGGAUCAAGUUGAGUUACUAA